GUGGAAGGCGAGAGAAAGCGCGCUGCGUGCGGCCCCGCUGCCCAGAGCCUGCCAGCAGCGCGCCCUCGGCGGCUCCGGUCCCAACCGCGCCCGCCGCCUCGCUUCCUCCGCCUCGGCCCCGUCCCGACUCCGGGGCUCGCCCGGCCUCUCAGAGGUCCCCACCCGCCCCGGCUCCCCACUGCGCCGCCCGGCUCCAGCCCCGCAGCUCGCUCGCUCGACCGCCCGGGGGAAGGUAGCAAGCGGGCGAGCGCGCCCUCGCCUCAGCCCCGCGCCCCAGCCCCGCGCGGCGACGAAGGACCGGGAAGAUGAACGGCGGAGGCAAAGCCGAGAAGGAGAACACCCCGAGCGAGGCCAACCUUCAGGAGGAGGAGGUCCGGACCCUAUUUGUCAGUGGUCUGCCCUUGGACAUCAAACCCCGGGAGCUCUACCUGCUCUUCAGACCAUUCAAGGGCUAUGAGGGUUCUCUUAUAAAACUCACAUCUAAACAGCCUGUAGGUUUUGUCAGUUUCGACAGUCGCUCAGAAGCAGAGGCUGCAAAGAACGCUUUGAACGGCAUCCGCUUCGAUCCUGAAAUUCCACAAACACUACGACUAGAGUUUGCUAAGGCAAACACGAAGAUGGCCAAGAACAAACUCGUGGGGACCCCGAACCCCACUACUCCAUUGCCCAACACUGUACCUCAGUUCAUUGCCAGAGAGCCAUAUGAGCUCACAGUGCCUGCACUUUACCCCAGUAGCCCUGAAGUGUGGGCCCCGUACCCUCUGUACCCAGCGGAGUUAGCGCCUGCUCUGCCUCCUCCUGCUGCUUUCACCUAUCCCGCCUCACUGCAUGCCCAGAUGCGCUGGCUCCCUCCCUCCGAGGCUACUUCUCAGGGUUGGAAGUCCCGACAGUUCUGCUGAAGGCUGUGUUUGAAAACGCCUUGCCCAGUUUUGAUCCCUUCAAGACUUUGCCACAGCCUCUAUCACACAUCUGUUUUCCUCAAAGAAAAAAAAAUAUAUAAUAAAAUGUGUUUUACUCUUUUACACUGUAUAAUUUUAAGAAAUACGUGUUAUUUGUGAAUGCAUGGUCUGACGUUUCUGUACAGUUUGGAGACAUACUCAGGUGGAACACGGACAACAGUAAAGCCAAGACGACUAGUAUUUUCUAGCAGGCAUUUAUGAAUGGAGGGAGUUCUUACACUAGGUUAGAUCACUUUUGCACUUGAUUUUUGAAUGCUUUUUAAUGACAUUUAUCUUGUUUUUCUUCUAAAAUAAGCUGCAUGUUUGAGGCAUGUCUCUGAAUAGCAUUGAAAUUUCCACAAUUGUGUUGUGAAUGUGUGGACCCCAUCUGCCUGGCCCCGAGUCAGGGCACGUUAGUGACAUGGUGUAGAAGUGAGCUCUGCAAGACAAUCAAAGCCCCAGGAGCAUCUCCCACCACAGUGUUCACAGCUGGGCAGUAAUUACUACUUAGGUAAUGUCUCCCGAGCACAGCGUACCAUCUGAAACCCAUGGCAUUUAUGGCUGCAACAAUACAAACUGUGCCAAGUGAGGUAUUGCCAUUUUAUACUUGUAUUUAUUAUAUUGUUACCAUUUAUGAUAGCACCCUCAGAGCGUGGGACCUAAUAUAUCACUCAUCUUCCAUAAACUGUUCUCUUUCCCAGUGGAAAGAUAAAGUCCACCCCACUAAGUGGAGGGACCUUGAUUUAGACCUGUGAAGCCAACAAGGCCUCAGGAGAAGCAGGCCGCCCACCCAGAUACUUUGGCAAGAAUGGGCAUCACAUCCCAAGUGAUUGUGCAAAGUAUGGCCUACCUGAGCUGGUGGUUCUAACAUCUGGCAGCCGUCCAUCAUGUUCUCCAGAAUACUGUUUGCUCAUCCCCGAGACUACCUACUGCAUUGCACUGGGUGGGACAUGUGACCACGGCCAUUCGCAAUGAAUGCAGUUACCCUUGCUUCAAGACUUCUUCAGAGCCCAAAGUUAGCCUUGUGUUGUAUUCCGACACAUUUCCAGAGGUGGUGACGGGGCAGCUUCUCCUGCUCCUCAGACAAGAGCCAUGUGUAAUACUGUGACCUCAGAGAAUUUCCAGCUGCUGGUAUAGCUAACAUAAUCACAGUCUUUGUAUCUUUGUUAUCGAUUUACUUGUUGUGUUGAAAACGUCAUGUUUUAAUGGUUAUAUCAUUGGUGGGGGGUUCACUACUUUUCAUUAGAAAUAAGAAUGUCAAGUUUUUACAGGUUAUUAAAAAGAGAAAAAGGAAAAAAACACUAAGGCCUGGAGUAAGGGCUUUUCACUAGAAACUAGAGGAAGGGGGCAGGCAGCAGUGUGACUUCAGACAGCCACACUGGUGUUGAGGGACUGCUCAAACCCCCCCCCCCCCGUGCCACUUGGCUCCGAGACUACUUGCUGUAAGGAGAGCCACUUCACCACUGACUGUGCUUUUAUAAACUGUGUAAAGGUACUUUUCUAUUGUCGUUUUUAAUAAAAUAAUAAAGUUUAUUCCAGCUAUUACA